AUGAUGCAGUCCGUCCUUCGACUUUUGAUCUUUACUUUCGGAGUCUUACCUCCCGUCUUCGGCCAGCUGGAGACAGUUGGCCUCGUAACCUCUGGUGUUACUCCCACUAGUUCGGUCUCAUUGACAGUCGUCUCAACCCCAUUCUUAUCGACAAGUUCGACAUUUUCUGCAUCCUCCUCGCUCACUACAACCUCACCCAGUGUUACUACCUCGGGUGAUCCGUUAGUGGUUACCUCUGUAUUUACCCAACCGCCAGGAUGCGCGGGAGGGAUGACCGAGAUAGCAGCAUGGUCAACUGAGCUCUGGCAGAACAUUGUCAAUCCAGUUCCCACCAUGACGCUUUCAUCCUGCUAUCCCAGCCAGUUCUACUAUAGUGCAGUGGCAACUAGUAUCUUGCCGCCGUACAAGCAGCUGGUGUGUCCCCAGGAUUGGGAGACGUAUAAUGUCACCGACACAUACAUCGUUUGUUGUCCCAGUGACUAUGGAGUGUACCUGCCCAACUUCCAAAACUCGACACGUCCUGGAUUAGGCGCCGUCUGCACUUCUAGUAUCUGGGCCGACGUGUUGAUGGACAUCACCAGCUACGAUUCCGCCGGAUCGGUUACCGUUAUUCCCACCAUCGCUGGGGAUGAUGGAGCCCUCGUCUUUGCAACAGGUUUCGAUGGAACCAGAGCCACUGCUGUGAUCUCGUCAACGAGUACGGUAUCAUCCACGAGUACGGUAUCGUCCACGAGUAUGAGCCCAUCCACUAGUAUGAGCUCAUCCUCCGUGUCCUCCUCACCCACCGGCAGCACUGUUUCCGAGACCAGCCUUCACCAAACAACAUCUGUUAGCUCAACCACAUCCAUUUUGACAUCAGCCACCACCACCCUCACCGCAAUCACCCAACUGCCUUCCUGCGGCCAAACUUGCUUCAAUAACAUGCUAGCAAAAUACGAUAGCCUGGGCUGCACAACAUCCGACCCAUCCUGCCUCUGCCGAAACAUCAAUUUCUACUACGGAAUCCGCGACUGCGCUAAUGCCGCCUGCGGGACCGUGGUGGCGAGCACAGUCCUGGCCUUUGAGAGCGGAUACUGCACCUCGGCCAUUGCCGCCGAAACCACGUAUCCGGUAACUAGUACCACCACGACCGUUUCGUCUACGAAUGCAUCAACCCCCACUAGCGCUACGGCCAGUCCCACCGCAAUCUCCGAUCUCCCCACCUGCGGUCAGACUUGCUUCAACAAUAUGCUGGCCCAAUACUCGUCCCUCGGAUGUAGUACUCCUGACGCUGCCUGUUUGUGCGAGAACAUCAACUUCUACUACGGCAUCAGAGACUGCUCGAAUGGUGCGUGUGGCACCGAGGUAGCCACCACAGUUCUGGCCUUUGAGAGUGCAUACUGUGCUUCUGCUACGGCGGCUGCUGCCACUAGUAAGUAA